AUGGAUUUCCAGAAGAAAAGAAUCCAAUUAGUGGCCUUCAUAGCUGGCAUCAUCGUUCUCAGUAUCACAGCUGAAAAAUGUCGGCAGCUGGUUGGGGAAAAAUAUGCAUCUCGGAGUGGACAGUUUACAUUCUUGAACUGCUUUGAUAUGAGUUCUGGAACACUAGCUUGUUCUGUGAAAGAGGGAGUGAAACUCUAUGUUAACAACAUCAGAGCUUCCCAUGUUGAGAGAAUAAGGUAUAAAGCACUUGAAAGUGCAUUGGCUGAUGCAUUGUCACAGGGGAUACCUGCUAAAGAUGCAGCCAAACAAGCACAGAAAGCAGGAGCAAAGGCCGCGAAACUGGCAACUCGGCAAGCCAAGCGGAUAAUAGGUCCUAUUAUCUCUUCUGGAUGGGACUUUUCUGAAGCUAUAUAUUAUGGUGGUGCAUUAACAGAAGGGACUGUUAGGGGCACUGGCACCUUGUUUGGCACCUAUGCUGGAGGCUUUCUAGGAGAGCAAAGGCUUGGGAGAUUUGGUUAUCUUGUGGGAAGUCAAUUGGGCAGUUGGGUAGGAGGUAGAAUUGGAUUGAUGGUCUAUGAUGUGAUUAAUGGAGUCAAUUACUUGCUCCAGUUUGGUUUGCCCGAAAAUAGUGAAGUUCGUGAAACUUCAGCUUAUGAAAGUUCUGAAGGUUCUGAAGCUGAAGCCUUUGAAGUUUCCAAUACCUAUGAGAGCUCUGAAACAUAUGAGCAUUCUGAACUGAGGUGA